AACAAUUAAAAGCUUUCAUUCUCAAAUUUUAGGAAUAAAAUGGACACUGUACCACAAAUUUGCAUGGACACGUAGCUCAAAUUUGCAUUACCUUCGCUCCUCUCUCCAAAGCUAGGGUUUCCUACGCUUUUAAUAAGGGAUCUUUUUGGACAUCAAGAAACAAGGGAAAAAAUUAGAAUAAUAUUCAGUUAGAGAUGACAGGAUUUGGGCAUGGACUGCGUGUAAUUGGGAGACAGGUGCAUCUCCUUAAGCAACGUGAAGGUCCAUCAGAGGUUCUAAGGGGAAAGAUCGCAGAGCUGGAGAAAUUUAGGAAGAGGAAGAAAAGUAUGAAGAAGGACCAGUUCAUUGUGGACGUUCCUGAAUCAAAUUCCUUCCUCGACACUCCUUCUAUGCCCAUGAUUCUCACUGCUGUUGGAAUUGCUCUCUUUGCUAAACUCCUUAUGAUGUUUGACCGAGGUCUGAUUUUCUUGGACUCUUGGAGUUUGAUAGUUUGCAUUCAAAUUUUGAAAAUCCGAGUUGCUGCUUCCAUGGGAGGAUAUUCUCUUUCUCAUUUUGAGGCAUUGGAACUCUCAACUCUGGAUCCCUCUUUCAAUUCUCUCACUAAAUGUUUCCACGGGAAAUCUUUCUUCCUUCUUUGAGUCCCUCAUGUGUUCAAGAUUUUUCCUCAACUACUCUCUUAAUUUCACUCGGCAAUUUCUUGACCCAACCCCUACGUUGUUUCUUUGCCUACAGCCUACACAUUACUCUUGUUUGUUGGAAAUAAAGGGCUUUGUUGAUAGUUUAUUGCCUCGAGGGUAUUUUAGUAUUUUACUUUACCCUAGGUUGAUUUAUUUUUUUGCUCUAGGGCUUGCUAAAGCUUGUAAAUUUGUCUUCUCUUGUAACUUUCAAUGGGUGUAAAAUUAAUUAAAAGUGACUCUCUAUCAUGGUUUUUUCUCCUAGUUCUAGGGUUUUCUAUCUAAAGUUAGUGUUAUCUUUCUUACCGUUCAAUAUGUUAUUAGGGUGUGGUGACAUAACCCUAACCACCAUCGACAUGAACCAAUGCAAGAUAACCUUAGUUUUGGACCAGCCUCGCUUCCACCGCAGUCGUUGAUGCGGCCUCUGACUGCUGCCGAUACUACCACUACCAUCCAAGCGUUGAUCGUUACCUUUAGUCCUUGCAUAUCCGUCCAACUCUAGCGCCACCACAACUCUUUAAUGGAAACCCUGACCAAAACAUACACCGUGAAACCGAGAUUAGUGAGUCAUCCGCCUACCAUAGAGGUAAAUCGUAUGUCGCGGCAACAAACUUCUUGUAGCAAUCUGUUCUUCUUCAUAUUGCUUUGCCUAGUUAUUAUCAUCAAGGUUUAGUUUGUUUAUCUCCAAUGAUGGUUCGACAAUAGUUGGCUAGUUUCCAGACAAGUUUUCGAGAAUAAAUCGCUGCUCUUGAUGGCCUUGGUGCUUCCACUAACUUAUAUUCUAAUACAGUGAAUUUUGACAUUCCUUUUGAUCUAUCGAUGUAUUAAGAGAAUCCGAUAACCUCUUUUCCUACUUUAACUAUUGUAAACUAUUUAUUUGGCUUUUUGGGAAACU